AUGGACUCGACAUACCUUACGGCCACCCUGGUGACCAUUCUCGCGGCUGUCGAGUGCGUGGCCUUCUGGCCUGUCUCUCAGUCUGCCAGCCAGUACCUUUCACGGUAUGUGGUGAACUUCCUCCUCGGCGCCCCGGCCCCGAUCAAGACCAACCUGGAUCCGAAGCAGAACCCCACGGCUGAGGAGACGGCCUCCAAGCUGGACCCCUCGGAUUCGCAGGCCGUCCUGCGUUUCCGCAGCCAGGAAUACAAGACCGCCAAGGCACAGCUGAUGAAGCUCAGCGCGCAGGAGCAGUUUGCCCAGUGGGCCCGUGCGCGUCGCCGCUCGGACAAGGCCAUUGACGAGUACCGCGAGGCCAAGACCCGUCAUGCCAAGUCGACCAUCAUCAGCACGUCCAGUGUCACUGUCCUGUCAUUGGUGCUGGCCUUCGCACUGCGCUUCGUCAUGUACUACAUUGUUAUGCUCUUUGCCCCGAGCCACGCGGCCUUCCCUGUGCCCUUGCCCGUGCUCCAGUCUUCCCCUCGGUGGUUCAUUUGGGUUCUGGGCUUCGGCGCCGGGUCCGAUCGGCUGACCGCCGAUGGCACCCCCUGCGUUUCGGCAUACAUUUGGUACUACCUGGUCAGCAUCCUCAUCCGCCGGGCGCUGGCCAUCGUCUGGCCAGACACGUCGUCGCUCAAGGCCCAGCCGGUCUUCUCCAUCCCCCAGACCGACCUGUCGCUGGACCUGCCAGAUUUGUAG